AGGAAGAAUAGAUUUAUUCAUUCCUGGGAACUUUGUACAUAAAUGUGCAUUUUUCCUAUCUUACAGACUCACAGAUUCUAAGCUGGACAGAGAAGUCUGACUCCUGAAGGUUCAAUUCUCUACAGGAUCCAGAUUGCUGAAUCUGUCCCAUUGCCUAGAGAGGCUCCAAACCCCCUCCUGACCAUGGGAAACUGGGUGAUUAAUCACUGGUUCUCAGCUUUAUUUCUGGCUGUUUGGUUGGGGCUGAAUGCUUUCCUGUUUGUGGAUGCCUUCCUGAAAUAUGAGAAGGCUGACAAGUACUACUACACAAGAGAAAUCCUUGGAUUGUCAUUGGCCUGCGCCCGAGCCUCUGCUCUCUGCUUGAAUUUCAACAGCAUGCUGAUCCUGCUUCCUGUGUGUCGAAAUCUGCUGUCUUUCCUGAGGGGCAGCUGCUCAUUUUGCAGCCGCACACUGAGAAAGCAAUUGGAUCACAACCUCACCUUCCACAAGCUGGUGGCAUAUAUGAUCUGCCUGCACACAGCUAUUCACAUCAUAGCACAUCUAUUUAACUUUCACCGCUACAGCAGAAGCCGGCAGGCCACAGAUGGAUCCCUUGCCUCUGUUCUUUCCAGCCUAGCUCAUCAUGAAAAAGAGGGGGGCUCUUGGUUAAAUCCCUUCCAGUCCCCAAACAUGACAGUGGAGUAUGUGACAUUCACUAGCAUUGCUGGACUCACUGGUGUGAUCAUGACAAUAGCCUUGACCCUCAUGGUAACUUCAGCUACCAAGUUUAUACGGAGGAGUUAUUUUGAAGUUUUCUGGUAUACUCACCAUUUGUUUAUCUUCUAUAUCCUUGGCUUAGGGAUUCAUGGCAUUGGUGGAAUUGUCCGGGGUCAAACUGAGGAGAGCAUGAAUGACAAUCAUCCUCUCAAGUGUGCAGAGUCUUUUGAGAAGUGGGAUGAUCAUGACUCCCACUGUAGGCAUCCCCAAUUUGAAGGGAAUCCCCCUGAGUCUUGGAAGUGGAUCCUUGCACCCGUCAUUCUUUAUAUCUUUGAAAGGAUCCUCCGGUUUUAUCGCUCCCAGCAGAAGGUUGUGAUUACCAAGGUUGUCAUGCACCCCUCCAAAGUUUUAGAAUUACAGAUGAACAAGCAUGGCUUCAGCAUGGAAGUGGGGCAGUAUAUCUUUGUUAAUUGCCCUUCAAUCUCUCUCCUGGAGUGGCAUCCCUUUACUCUGACCUCUGCUCCAGAGGAAGAUUUCUUCUCCAUUCAUAUCCGAGCAGCUGGGGACUGGACAGAAAAUCUCAUAAGGGCUUUUGAACAACAGUAUUCAUCAUUUCCCAGGAUUGAGGUGGAUGGUCCCUUUGGCACAGUCAGUGAGGAUGUUUUCCAGUAUGAAGUGGCUAUGCUUGUUGGAGCAGGAAUUGGUGUCACUCCCUUUGCUUCCAUCUUGAAAUCUAUCUGGUAUAAAUUCCAGCGUGCAGACCACAACCUCAAAACACAAAAGAUCUAUUUCUACUGGAUCUGCAGGGAGACUGGUGCUUUCUCCUGGUUCAAUGACCUACUGACUUCUCUGGAACAAGAGAUGGAGGAAUUAGGCAAAGUAGGCUUUCUAAACUACCGUCUCUUCCUCACUGGAUGGGACAGGAACAUUGCUGGUCAUGCAACAUUAAACUUUGACAAGGCCACUGACAUUGUGACAGGUCUGAAACAGAAAACCUCCUUUGGAAGACCAAUGUGGGCCAAUGAGUUUUCUACAAUAGCUACCUCCCACCCCAAAUCUGUGGUGGGUGUAUUCUUAUGUGGUCCUCGGACUUUGGCAAAAAGCCUGUGCAAAUGCUGUCGCCAAUACUCCAGUCUUGAUCCUAGGAAGGUUCAAUUCUACUUCAACAAAGAAAAUUUCUGAAUUAUUGGCAUAAAGACAGGAAUCUGCAUUUUCUCUUUCUUUUGCAUCUUCAGUAACUUGGUGUGGUCAGCUGCUUUAGGUUAAUAAUAUGCCUAUCAAGCCUUGACUGCCUGGCAAUCUUUUUUUGAUUGCAUUUAACUA